AUGAACGUCGUCCAGGAUGAAAGUAUGUUGCAAUCUCCUAAUGGAAGUACUCAAAUUUCCAGCGAUGAGUUAAGCAAAUUUUUUCAAGAUAUUAAGAAAAGAUCAGAAAAUAGAGUACAAGGCUCGUUUAAUAAUAAUGUCGCCGAGGUCACUGAUGUUAAACAGACCGCUAAUGUAAAUAAAGAUAAAGUGGUGGUCAUGAACGAUGUUCUGAGUAAAUUGCCACCAUAUACUGCAGACUACAAAGUGGAUCCUUCCAUGAGCGCAAAAGAAUUUACAUACAGUAUUAAUGAACUUUUAUUUAUUAAAGAAAUUAUUCCAGAAAGUUAUUAUGAAGAGAUUGAAGCUAUGCUUCCAAAGAAGAAAUUCUGGAGACUCACUGGUAGAUUUGAAAACGGUCAACACAAUAAUAGUAGUAGUAACAAUGUCAAUAAUAAUAAUGGUAAUAGUAAUAACUACAAUAACAAGAAUAAUAGUAAAAAUAUGAGAAAUUCAAAUAGUAAUAGUAACAGUAAUAGUACUAAUAAUUCAAUUACAUCUGCAUCAGGGGAAGGUCACUCUUAUGCAAGAAGAAAUAGUAAAGGUAAAGUAAGAGGGACGAACCAAAAUAAAAAAAUGUCCAAAUACGAUAAAACUGAUAGAUACGUGGAAGAAAAUGACAUUAAAGUUAAAAAUAAUGCAUUAAUGGAACUAGAAGCCGAAUUCCAACCUACUGGCAAUUCUAUGGCAGAUUUUGAAGCAUGGAGGGCCAAGAUGAAGGAGUUGGAUAACAAAAAGAAAGGUAUAUUAAAUAGUUCAGAGAUAUCAAAACGAGAUAACGCCUCUUCGGAUUCUCCAAAAUCGAUUGGUUCGAGCUCCAUUUCUAAUUUCCUUAAAAUGUCUGCAACUUCUAAAAAUUCAGAAUCUACUUCACUAGAUGAUUCUGAGAAUGCUGUUUCAGUUUCCGAAAAUAAUUUAAAUGUUGCAAAUAAAAAUGAGACUACAGCUAGUGUUUCUUCAAGAUUUUCCGGUUUCUUCACUUCUACUCCAUCAAAUUCUAUAAGUACUGAACAGAAAACCACAGUAGAAGCAAUUUCUGCUAAUUCUACAACAAAAAAUAUUGAUAGAGAUUCAAAAUUGAUGUCCUUCUUCAAGAAUAAUGGAAUUCAAGGAGCUUCUGAUAAUGGUAAUGUUGCCAGAGGCCGAGGGAAAGAAAAUGUUCAAGCUCCUAUGAGGGCCGCGCAAGACUUGAAUCAGCCACAACAACAACAACAACAACAACAACAACAACAACAACAACAACAACAGCAGCAGCAGCAGCAGCAGCAUCAUAGAUUACCGGGCCAAGCUCCAACCUCAGUUCAAAUGCCACCCAUGAAUAACCAAAUGAAUCAUAUGCAGAGAUUACCAAUACAUUCUCAAAAUCCAACUGAUAACUCUAACUUCUUCCAAGGCUUGUUGAAUAAGGGUAAAUCAGGAGAACAAAUAAAUAUCCCACCUGGAAUGAGAAUGCCAAAUGGUCCAAACGUUCCUCAACAAAUGCCUAUAAAUGGUCCUAUUUCCGGAUAUCCAGUAGGCAUGCCACCUCCACAUAUGAUGCCACCGCCUGGUUUUUCUAUGUACCAGGGACAACCACCUAAUAUGCCAAAUAAUAAUAACGCUAUAACUGGAGAUAAUAAACGAACAGGUAAAAGGCCUCAAGCUGGACUUCCACAACAGUUUAUCAAUGGACCAGCCCCCCCAAAUUUUCCACCUAACAUGCCAUUUCCGCCUAACAUGAUGCAAGGUAAUGUAAACCACUUUUAUCCUCCGAUGCCUCAGCAGCAGAAACCUCGUAUGAACAACAUGAACAGUUUUAUGACUCAAACUGGACCAACUGGCAAUUUACAAAAAUGA